GAGCAAAGCAGAUAAAAACACCUUUAUGUAAAUUGAAGCCGGUGAAUGGUUCUCAAAAAAAAGCAGACAGUUUCGAUCGAAUAUAAACUAUGGGAUUGAAUACCAAAUGAAGGAUUUGUCGAUUCGCAGCAGACAAGCUUGAAUAUGAAAGCUCUUAUUAUAGCCCAUUUUGGACUGCUCAUACAAUUGAUCUCCGCCAGAUUUAUAUCAGAUAAUAUAUGCUUAGCAAUGCCAAAUGGACAAAAAUUACCCGUGACAGAUGAUUGCAGUUCCUACAUAGUUUGUGAGUACAACGUACAGAGCAUCAGACAUUGUGCCAGCGGAACUUUAUUCGAUCCAUUAAUGCAAGUAUGCAACUGGGCCAGCAUGGUGCGAUGUGGUGAAACACCUACCCUUCCUCCGAUGUGGUUUUCUACCACAAAAUCGUCUAUCAAUACACCGGAUCCAAGUCCUCCACCGACAAAUCCUCCACAAACUAAAUCAACGACGAAGGCUCCGACGUCAACAAUUCCAACCACUGCAACUACUAGAACGACUCUCGCACCGACAACCAGCAGCCCACCAAGUCAAAAUCCUUAUCCUCAGUGUGCUAGUGAUGGCUUCUACUUCAUUCCGCAUCCUUCGGCUUGCGAAAGCUAUUACAUCUGUGCCUAUGGAAUGCUCAUUCUGCACAGCUGCGGACAAGGAGUUUACUGGAACACGGACACCAAUCAAUGUGAUUUCCCUGCAAACACGAACUGUUCCAAUCUUCCUAACCCUGCAAAACCGGAAACAUCAACUCCAUCGAUCGGAACCACUACGGCAUCUAAACUUCCGAAUUGCAGAGGCUCCGAAAUUUUCCACCCCAGUAUCGAGCAUUGCGGCAAAUAUUACAUAUGUAUAGGUUCUUCACCAAUCUUGAUGAGUUGCCCAAAGGAUUAUCUCUGGAAUCCGACUAUUUCCCAGUGUGAUCGUCCCGAGAACACACGUUGUGCAACUUCAUUCAACUAGUGCAAUUGAAGUCGAUAACUUAUUUGCAAUUUCAACUGUGGAUAGUAGCAUAUAUACUUUCUAGAUAAUUUAUUCCAAGAUGUCCAAAACCGAAUAAUCAGUAAAAACCCAA